UUUUUUUUUUUUUUUUUUAAAUGUAUAACUUCAUGGGGCUGAACAGCACGGCCGUAGCUAUUCAGCCCAAUGUGUCCUGCACAUGCAACUGCAAAAGGUCUUUGUUCCAGAGCAUGGAGAUCAGCACUGAAUGUUUAGGUCGCACCUUUCCAGGUAAACUGGCGGAGUUGGAGUUUGUACAGAUAAUCAUAAUCGUGGUGGUGAUGAUGGUGAUGGUGGUGGUGAUCACGUGUCUGCUGAACCACUACAAACUCUCUGCGCGAUCCUUCAUCAGCCGGCACAGCCAGGGCAGGCGGCGAGACGAGAACCUCUCCUCAGAGGGAAGCCUGUGGCCUUCGGAAAGCACCGUGUCGGGGACCGGCAUAACCGAGCAGAUCUACACCCCGCGGCCCAGCGAGCGCCUGGCAGUGCCCUCCUUCCUGCAGCGGGACCGCUUCAACCGCUUCCAGCCCACGUACCCGUACCUGCAGCACGAGAUCGACCUGCCGCCCACCAUCUCGCUGUCGGACGGCGAGGAGCCCCCGCCCUACCAGGGACCCUGCACGCUGCAGCUGCGCGACCCCGAGCAGCAGAUGGAGCUCAACAGGGAGUCCGUGCGGGCCCCCCCAAACAGAACCAUCUUCGACAGUGACUUGAUAGAUAACUCCGUGUUCGGGGGGCCCUGCCCGCCCAGCAGUAACUCUGGCAUCAGUGCCACCUGCUACGGCAGCAGCGGCAGGAUGGAGGGGCCGCCACCCACCUACAGCGAGGUGAUCGGCCACUACCCCGGCUCCACCUUCUACCAGCACCAGCAGAACAACAACGGGGUGCCCCCCAUCUUGGAGGGCAGCAGACUCCAUCCCUCACAGAUCAAUGGCCUUGAGAGCACAACGACGACGACGGCGUGGAACAAAGAGAAAGAGAAACAAAAAGGGCAUCCCUUUUAAAAAAAAAAAAAAGAAAAAAGAAAAAAGGAAAAAUGAAAAGAGAAAAAAGGCAAGAAAGUAAAUUAAACACUCUGCACUUCUCACUAAAAGAAAAAGGAGAGAGAGAGAGAGAGUUGAGGAAGAUGAGCAAAGAAAAAAAAAUGAAGCCCUUCCCCAUCUCUCCGUGUAUAAAUAUUUACUUGUUAUGUCUGGUCUGAAUGCACAAGCCUACCAAGCUUGCAAAAACAUUUCUUUAUUGAGCUGUGUCUAGACGUUUAAAAAGGAAAAAAAUUCAACUGUAGUCUUUUUUUUUUUUGUUUGUUUCUAGUUGGGCUGUGUGUGAAUGCUUUUUUUUUUGUUUGUUUAUUUCACUUAUCUUUAAAAACAAAAUAUUUGCACAAAAACCAUUUUGUUUAAAGAUCUGCAAUAUAAAUAUAUAAAUAUAUAUUAAAAAUAAGAGAAAGUGUAUGUGUAAGGAGCAGACGUAUUUUUGUAUUAGAAGAGGCCUAUUCAAAAAAAAACAAAAAGUUGUUUUCUGAACUAGAAGAAAAAUGGCAAUUUUUUGAGUGCCAACUCAAAAAGCAUGUAUUACAUUGUAAAAAAACAAAAAACAAAAAAAAAUCGAAA